GCACAGCGCAGAGCGCGCGUCUCUCGGCUGAUCCGGCAGAGUUGAUCGGUGUCCGGAUACCUGAUGGAUGUCUGGAGGAUCGCACCGGUGAUCGAUGACUGAUCAGGCAGACUCUCGCAGCGGAGACACGGAUCGGCUCGGUAUCGAUUAUCGGUGACUGAUUGGCAGCUGACAGCGCGUGAGAGCGGAGUUGAGCGCGUCAAAGCAAACAGGACUCUACUUUCUUCAUCCGUCCAUCACCUCCCUCCGGAUGAAGACUCCCCUCGGCCCUGCUCAGCUCCUGGAGAGCGGUCAGAUCCUGGCCUUUAGAGGGAUGUGUCAAGAGCUGAUGGACUCACCGACACCUACAACCAUCUCUGUCCAGCAGACUCCAUCUCCAGGUCAGGGUGGGGCCUACUCACUAUGUGAGGUGUGUAACCUGCAGCUGACCUCCGCUGCUCAGGCUCAGCUGCACUACAACGGCAGGUCUCACCUCCGGAGAGUGAGACAGCUCCAGCCUGGAGAGACAGGACGACAGACGACAGGGGCUCAGACCAGGUCUCUUCCCCCAGCCACAGGGCUCACCUCUCAGCCUGCUGGACUACCUCCGACUCCUGGUCUCAGUCCGGGCCUCAGCGCUCCGUCCAGCACCGCUGCAGGAGGUGGCUGUGGUGCAGUGGGUGGGCCGUUACCAGGACUUAUAGGUGCCACCGGUCCCUCAGUGAUGAUGAAACCCUUCCUGUCAUUUCCUGUCGAGACGACGUCGCCGGUCGGACUUUUCCCGAACUUCAACACGAUGGACCCGGUGCAGAAAGCCGUCAUCAACCACACUUUUGGUGUCACCAUGAUACCCAAAAAGAAGCAGGUCAUCUCCUGUAACGUCUGCCAACUGAGGUUCAACUCUGAUUCUCAGGCCGAGGCUCAUUACAGAGGCAGUCGCCACGCAAAGAAGCUCAAGUCUCAGGAGAACAAGGCCAAGGCCAAGCUGCCAAUCACUGCAGAGACCAAUGGGAGCGGCUGUAGUCCCGCUGGCUCCGCCCCCCCAGCCUCGGCCAACAGCAGCAUCAAUCAGCACACAGAACUCCUCUCCAGCCUCACCGACUCCCCCUCUCCCCUCAAACCCUUCCUCCUCCCCUCCACCUCCCCCCUGUCCUCCUCCUCCCCCUCCUCCAGCAGAGCCGGCAGCGAGCCUCCUCCCUCCAGCCCUCCCUCGGCCCUCCCAGCUCCGGGCCUUUCCUCCUCCUCUUCCUCCUCUUCCUCUUCUUCCAAAUCCUCUCCUCCUCCUCCAGCUCCCGUCACCUCCUCCUCUUCCUCCCCUGCUCCUCCUCCGCCCCCCUCCCAGGAUGCACCUCCCUCGGCAGAGUCGGAAGAGGAGAAGGCGAAGAAGCUGCUGUACUGCUCUCUGUGCAAAGUGGCCGUCAACUCCCUGUCCCAGCUGGAGGCUCAUAACGCAGGUUCGAAGCACAAAACGAUGCUGGAGGCUCGCAGCGGCGCCGGUCCCAUCAAAGCGUAUCCUCGACCCGGAGCCAAGCUGAAGAACGGCAGCAGCUCGGCUCUGAAGGGCUCCGGCCUGCAGAACAAAACCUUCCACUGCCAGAUCUGCGACGUCCACGUCAACUCUGAGAUCCAGCUCAAACAGCACAUCUCCAGCAGGAGGCACAAAGACCGAGUGGCUGGAAAACCCAGCAAACCCAAAUACAGUCCUUACAACAAGCAGCAGCGCAGCUCACUCACUAAGGAGUUGGUGAAGCCCUCCCUCUCCCCCUCCUUCCUCUCCACUCCCUUCACUCCUCCCUCCUCCUCCCUCACCUCCUCCAUCUCCCUCCCUCCCGUCUCCCUCUCCUCCCCCCCCCUCCUCACCCCCACCUCCUCCCCCCUCACCCCCACCAUCUCCCUCCAUCCUCGCCCUCCGGCCUCCUCCUCCCUCUUCACCGCCUCCUUCCUGCGUCCGGCUCCUGGACCAAUCAGAGCGAGCCAAGGGUCCAUCCUCUUUACGCCGUACUGACGGCAGCGGCGUUGGGGAGUCGAACCCGUGACCUCUGACCUCUGUCCGGACUGCAGGGAUUCAAACCUGCGACCUCCUCAUGGACUGAGGCUUCACAGAGUGGAGAGGAAGCUGCUCCUCCUCCUGUCUGGAUCAGACGUCUUUAAGGCGACAGCUGUGGAGAUUAAAUGAACCAGAGCCAAACCACACAAACCGGAAAACCAGGAAUUCUUUUAUGCAGACGUGGAAAAAAAAAACUCACUGCAUUGUCCGACAUCGUCUAGAAAGCAGUAAGUGUUCGGAUAUUUUAAAAAAGUGCAGCUCAUUUGUUGUCUGACGUCAUCGUGAUGCUUCAGAAACAGGAAGUCCGAGAGGGAUUCAACCUUUUGAGCAAAAAUUACUCUGAAACAUCUCUGGCAAAUGUCGGUUCGUGGCAGCCUGGAUGAGCUACGGAUGAAACCGGAUUUUUCUUUUAACAUAUUCUGUUGUGACUGAGACGACAAGAAGCAGAAUCUGAAACCAAAACCCGAACAGGCCCCAAAACACUCAGAAAUGAACAUGGUAAAGGUUCUAACAGGAAGUCCUCGGCUUACGUCGGAGUUCUGUUCCUACGGUGUGACCUAAGUCGACUUUCACCGUAAGUCGGAACUCUGGUGAAAACGUAAACAAAGUGUGCAUCACGAUAGGAUGAGUUUACAUAUUUGUACAACUACAGUAACGACAAACAGUCAUUAGCUCACACUGAAACACAACUCAGUAGGAAAAUACUGGCAAAAAUCUAAACAAAGCCGCCGGAUUGGUCCACUCCGCUCAGUGUUGCCAACUCCUCAGUAAGGAAAGUAGCUAUUGGCCUUCCCAAAAGUCACUAGAAGUCGCUAAAUGACAUCAUCGCCUAAUUUGCAUUAUUUUCAAUUCGCCUGUAAUUGUGAUGGACGAUGUAGGAGAGAGGAUUAACGUUGUGGAAGAGACAAAAAGUGAGUAGUUUUUCACUAGAGGCUGUCAAAUGUCAAAUGCAGUGAUUCAUUUAAGUGUGAUAGUGAAGAAACAUUUCCAUUUCCAUCCCGCUCUGUAAGCCAGGAUGGCCACUUUGUGCAUGCGUGAUUCAUCUGCUGUCUGGACGUGACGUAACGACAAAACGGCGUAAGUCGAGGACGUAGUAAACCGAGGACCUCCUGUAUUUAUCGUUUUCAUGCUGAGGAUAGAAGAAGACAAGGGUGAACCAGAAGGUCUGGAUCCAGGUCGGUUCCUCAGCGUUUGGACGAGGCUGGAGGAGGUCGACGUCUCUGCACUGAUGUUUCUAACUUAGAUUAUUCUGAAGUGGGGAAAGAAGGAUUAAAUUCCAAGGCAGGCGGUAUUCCAUCAUUUCUCUUAAAAGUUAGCCCACUUCUAAAAAAAACUUUCCUCUUCCUGUUCUACUGAAGGUGUCAACCUGUAAAAUAAAGGCUUACAAAUGCAUAGAUUCAUUUUUUAGCCCUUUAAGCUGCAGAUGAUUUUUUAAAUUACAUCCAGAUGUUGUCAGCAGCAGUUCCACACUGUCAGCUAAACUCCCUCUGGAUGAGAAAAACUGAAGCUUCCACCGAAUCAAAACAUUAAAUUUAAGAGUAAAUAACGGCUUUUGAGAGGUUAAAUCAUGAGAACAGGGACGUUAUUCGCAAAUGUGGCUCAAACAGGAGGAAAUGUUGCAUUUACUGUCGGACUGUUUUCAGUUUGACCUCCAAAUAAACCAGUCAGAUGAUCCAGAUAAACAUUUGGCCUGUUUUCAGUCUGUCUGAUGGUCUGAGUCACCGCUGCUGUUUUUGUUUUUGUUUUUUGACCACUCUGACCUUCUUAACCGUUUUCACAGAUCUCACCUCACUGAGUACAAUUUUUAUAUUACUAAUACAAAUUUUGGUGCAAAACUAUAAAAAUAAAACCAAUAAUUGCAGGAAUAAGGCCGAGUCAUAACUCUGAAACUCGUCACCUGCAAUGAAAUACCCUUUGGAAGACCCAUUUUUAUUUGUAAAAAAACAGAAAUCCUCUCUUUAUAUUCAUUUAUUUUUUCUGUUUUAUCUCCAGUUUGUUCUCUCCACUGCCCCCAGUGUCAUUUUAAUGAUAAAAUAUUAUUUUUUUGCCAUCAAACAGCUCAAUUUGAAUAUAUUUUAGCUGAAAAAACACCAAAUUUAGCUUUAAAAACCCGUAAAGGGUGUAAUAUACGUGCUUUUGGCAGCAUGUAAAACCAAAAUAUUCCAGAUCAUCACCACUUUCAUCGAUGCUAGCUGCAGCCCGGACCGGUUAGAUUAAACCGGAGUUAUUGUAUAAUGAAUGAAUUAAUAGAUUAACUUUCUCUCGGUUUUGGAAAAACCUAAAACAAUAAACGUUAACAGAAAGUCGUCCUUUUUUCUGAUGUCGUCCCUGAUGUCUCCGCUGCCUCUGGACUGGACUAGACUACUUCCUGGACGGGGCUACUUCCUGGUUUUACAGUGAAAAAAGGCCUUCAGUCCUGAACUCUGUUGUUUCGUUCAACCUUCCUGCUGGAACCGAACCUUCUGGACUCUGAAGCAUCCGAGCACAAACUGGAACAAAUCACUGGAACUUCUCACAACCUGUUCUCCUCCCAUAAUCCUCCACUUUCCAUGAGCAAAACAGAAUAUUAACUAUUAUUAUUAUUAUUUCUCUGGUUGAUUUUUUUGUGCUCUAAUAAUUUAUUUUACAGUGUUUGUUGUAAAUAUUUACCUAAAAGCUUUUCCUCGCUUUCGAACAACCGCUUGAAUUAAGAGUUUUGUUGUUUUCUAAACUCAAAGGUCCACUUCUUAGCUUUAUUAUGAGGUUUCAGCUGCAUCUCAGAGGCUUUCAGGAUGGAUGGAGAUGCUAAGAGGUGCUUUACAGCCCACCUCUCCUGCUCUCUGUUCUGUUUAUACUGUAUUAUUUAAUUAUGACAGGAGCUUAUUAGUAUGCUGCUGAAGAAUAAAUCCACUAACCAUCAUAUCAACUGUGAAUAUUCAGUCCUCUGCCAGACAUUAGCAGAAAUCAGUCACCUUAAAAAGGUUCAAAUGUGGCAUUUUUAUGGAGAAAACUAAUGCCACUCUGUAAAUCUGUGCAACAUCAGAGGGCUGAUGAGACAAAAUAUCACCUUUGAAGUAGCUGUAAAUGUGUAAUUUCUUCUUCUGCGGCUUUUAUGGGAUGUUACAGUCAUUGCAUUUUUGAGAAACUUUGACGUUAACCUUAAGUGGCACUAAGUUUCUGCAUGUGAAAAGAUGACACAUAACAGAAAAAGAAUAAAAAGAGCAUUUCACGGUGUUCCCUUUUAAAUAUUUUAGCAUUUUUUCUGGUUCUGGCAGGAAUGUUUAAACUGGAAGAACAAACUUCAAAUGCAGUUUCCAGCUGAAACUAACCUUUAAUAGAGUCAUAAUACCACAAGUAGCAAUUCUGUGGUGACAGUAAAGUUGUUUCGAUGAGUAAAGGUGGAGUUUUUAACAUUUCUACAGUAAAGUUUCUGAACAGGACUGGAUAUAUAGUUUCACCAACAUUCAAACUCAGAGAAAUCCAGUAUUUUAUUUAUAUAAUGCAGAGGAGUCAAACUAAUUUUAGUCCAGGUUCCACAUUCAGCCCAGUCUGAUCUCCAGUGGACUGGACCAGUAAAAUCACAGCAGAAUAACCUAUAAAUAACCACAACUCCUAAUGUUUCCUUUGUUUUAGUUACAAAAAAAUACAUUCUGAAAAUGUUCACAUUGAAGGAAUUAUCUUUUUACAAAAUAUCAUGAACAACCUGAAAUUUCUGAAGAAAAAUUAAUUCAAUUUCAACAACAGUCAGCCUCAGUUUAUCAUUUACACAUUACAAUUUCCAGAUCACAGAGUGUCUACAAAGGAACACAAUAUUUAGACUGGAACUGAACAAUGUAGUAUUUUACUAAAACGUCAAAAAAACAAGACAAAAUAUUACAAAAAUUACACACAAACAACAAAAACGAGAAACAAAUGACAAAAAAAUCAGACAGACGACACAAAACAAAACGAAAAGUGUCAAAAGAUUUGACAAAAAAGUUACGAAGCGACACAAACGAGACAAAAAAACGACAAAAGUGAGACAAAAUAUUACAAAAAUGAAACACAAAAUGACAUAAAUAAGACACAAAGUGACAAAAAUUAGACCAAAAAUUAGACAAAAUAUGACAGAAAUGAUACACAAGAUGACAAAACUGAGGCAAGCGACAAGUCAGACAAAAAAAAAGCCAAAAAACAACAAAAAAUGCAAAAUAUUACAAAAAUGAGACACAAAACUAUAAAAGCAAGAAACAAAAUGACAAAAAAAGUCAUAAAGUGACAAAAAAAUGACAAAUGAGACAAAAACACAAGCGAGGCAAAAAGGAAACACAAAAUGACAAAAAUCUGACAAAAAACAACAAAAAGAAGACAAAAUAUCACAAAAAUGAGACACAAAAUGACAAAAUAUCAAACAAUAUAGUUUUACUUUAUAGUAUAUAAAUAACAAUAAUAGUUUUACAAUUUAGGAUCAAAACAACUUGUCAUGAUGUAGAAAUUAUUUUAAAUUUAUAGUUUUACUAAUUUACAAUCUGCAGUUAAUGUCUUCUCUGGAAUUUUUACAUUUUGAGGACCGGAUUGGACCCUCUGGAGGGCUGGUUUUGGCCCGUGGGCCGCAUGUUGGACACCCCUGAUGUAAUGUAAUGGUGGUGAAAACAACACUCCCAUGAUUCCUAACUACAUCUUCUGUCAAUGUUUUGAUUAAGAUAAGAUAAAGAUAAGAUAAAGUUCUUUAUUUCUCCCCACUCCAGGGGAAAUUUACAUUGUUACAGCAGCUUUAUUUACAAUAUAUACAAGGGUGGCAAAAUGAACGACCCCAAGCACCAAAAAUAUGUAAAGUUUCAGCACAUUUCUAAGUAGCCUGUUCUUAUGUUGUCAUAUUAUUUUGUCAGGGUGGGUUUUUUUCUGAUUCAUGACACCAUAAAUGUUCUGCUGGUUUUCACAUUGAUGCACUGGGAAUCUUCAGGUCUCCCAGCUGACCUGAAAGCAUCUGAUUAGUUCCUACAUCAGAGCCAGACUGUCGUUAUUCCUCCGUGUGACGGAUUAGGUGAUGGGAUGACGCCUCAGCCAGCUCUAAGGUUUAAAAAUGUGAUGAAAAAAAGCUGCCAAGUGGACUUUUGAGUUGAUGUUGUGAAACCUUGAGUCACAACUGAACUUCCAUGUUCGACAUCAGUAUGUUGCUGUUUCAUAUCGGGGCUGUAAUGAACACUGGAGCCUGCAGGUGGCGCUAGAAGGACCUUUGAGCUGCUGUUAUAUCAGCUUUAUUUCGCACUUUUACACUUCAAGUGGUUGUUCGAAGUCGUGAAAAGCUUCAGAGAACCGCUGGAAACCAUGGAAAGUUAAAAACGAGCAGCUCAGUAAUUAAGAGUUAGCUGAGGAGGCGGAGCAACAAUGCUUCAAAUCUGAUUGGCUGGAUUGAUUAACGAGGUCUGUGAUUGGCAAAAGUAUCUCUGGUGUUCAAACUUAUUGGCUGGAGAUUUAAAGGACAGGUUCACUUUUUAUUUAAUGCAUUGCUACUGCACCAGAAAGUGAAAAACAGUUUUUAUUACAAGAUAUAUUCAAGUUAUAUUAAGAUAUUUUUAUGUUAUUGUGACCGAAAACUUCUGCUCUUAUAUGAUAUGCUAUUUAUUUCACUAUAACGGGAACUUUUUUCACUAUAGCACGAUAAAUUUAGUUCUAAUAAUGUUGAGAAUGGAUGAAUUAUGGAAAAUUUGCAGUUUUGUUAAGUUUUUCUUCAAGUUUAGGUUGAAUGAUGGUGAGAUUCUUUUAUUGAACAAUGGAAAAAGUUACUCAUUUUGUUGAGAAAAACUUUAAUUUUUUCCUUUUCUUUUACUGUUUUUAUGGCAAAUCUAAUAUCUGGCCAAGAGACAAUGUCAGAAAAUUUAUUAUUUGGCAACCAGUAGCACAUUUACAGUCAUUAAAAAUGUAAAUAAAGCUGCAUAAAGCAAAACAAAGCUUCCAUAUAAACGGCUUAGUUGCUGCUGUCUAUGAAAUGUUUUGUGACAGCACAGCUUCAACAGUGGAGCAGAAAUACUCCAAAUAUGAGCAGAAAUACUACAAAUAUGAGCCGAAAUACUAUAGAUAUGAUCAGAAAUGCUACGAAAAUGAGCAGAAAUACUACAAAUAUGACCAGAAAUACUACGAAUAAAUGCUACGAAUAUGAACUUGUUCAAAAAAAUCUUCUUUUUCUGUUCACAAUACUACGAAUAUGACCAGAAAUUCUACGAAUAUGAUCAAAAAUACUACAAAUAUGAGCAGAAAUACUACAAAUCUGAUCAGAAAUAAUAUAAAUAUGAGCAGAAAUGCUCCGUAAACCUCUCAGCUGUAAUGAAACAAGUGAUUUUCUGUGGUUUCCAGCGGUCUGUAUUUUCUCGUCCGUCUUCCUGCCUCCUCCUGAAUAACUUGAAGCAUCUUCUGUCUUCCAGUAAACAAACAAACAGGUUAAAGGACUUGUGUGUGUGUGUGUGUGUGUGUGUGUGUGUGUGUGUGUGUGUGUGUGUGUGUGUGUGUGUGUGUGUGUGUGUGUGUGUGUGUGUGUGUGUGUGUGUGUGUGUGUGUGUGUGUGUGUGUGUUUAUCUAUGCAGUAUUUGUUGUCACGGUGCAGUAACUCUUUCAUCAACAUGUCAAACAAAGUGUCAAAUCCGUGUCGAUGAUGCCGGUCAACCUGCACCGAGGCUCUCUGAGUUGUCGGGGAAAAAAACAAACAAACAAACGAAGCUUUCGGCUCUGAACUUCCUCCUCUGUGUGAUGAUGUCAUCAUGAUGCAAUAAUGUACAGAUCAGCUGCUGCUUCUCUAUUCUCCUUAUGAGCAUUACUGAAGCAACACUGGAAUGAAACAAACAGGGAUGCACUGUUUGAAAUGAGAUUGUUUGUGUGUGUGUGUGUGUGUGCGUGCGCGUGCGUGCGUGCGUGCGUGCGUGCGUGAGUGACUGAAAUGACCAUCAGCCGUCUGAUUUAAUCACUUUGCUUCCAAAAUAAAAGCUUGUUUUCCAUUUACCUGAAUGCCAUGCAAACAGUGGAAUAAUUAAGUGUUUAAAGGAGCAAACUGCUGCACACAGGGCUUCUCUCUGAAACACGUGGAGUUGUUUCUGUUUUUUAACACACCUAUACACAGCACACAUCUUGGUUUAGUGUUUAAAAGAGAUAUUUGGGAGUUUUAUCUUCAAUUCCACUCAUCAUCUCCAGUCAAACCUUGAAUGAAAUGACUGAAUCAGAUCAUCAAAAUUAGACAAAUAACAGUUCUCGUCAGAUAUUUCAGUCAGUCUUCCUCAGACGUGUUAAAAAGCAGCAGCUCCUGCCUCAGAGAGCCUCCAUCAGCUUCUUUUUGUACAGUAUUUAUUCUCUCAGCUUGUUUUAUAUGAGGAUGAUGAUGAUGCAAAUAUGCAAAUGCAACUUGUCAGGUUGAAAUCAUGUGAUAUUUCUUAUCGUUUUAUUUCUGUAGUUUUGUUUGUUUUCAUUAAAAACUGCUGUACGUCC